CCGGUCACCGCAACCCAAAACCCUCAAAACGAUGCAAACCACUCGCAAAACGACGCCGUUCCGGUCGAUCUUCGACGCCGGAGAGCUCAAGUCCUCGCUGGAAGCUUCGGGCAUCAAGCCCAGCUUCAUGCCCUACAUAUGGAAGCACGUGAUCCAAAACCCCUCCGCGGAACUCGACCAAAUCCCCUCCCUGCCCUCCGCCGCGUACCCUCUCCUAACCUCCAAGUUCAAAACCCUAACCUCCUCCGUCCACUCCGCCACCGACUCUUCCGACCACCUCACCACCAAGCUACUUAUCAAGCUUCAGAAUGGGGCGCUUGUGGAGGCGGUGAUCAUGAGGUACGAUAGCAGCUUGGGGAAGCACAAUGGCAAGUCCCACCACGGCGGCGCAAGGUCCACAUUAUGUGUUUCAUCUCAGGUUGGUUGUAAAAUGGGCUGCACGUUCUGCGCAACUGGGAGUAUGGGGUUUAAGAGCAAUUUGACUUCUGGGGAAAUUGUGGAGCAAUUGGUUCAUGCUUCUCGGAUUUCGCCUAUACGCAAUGUUGUUUUCAUGGGAAUGGGGGAGCCGUUGAAUAACUAUAACGCAUUAGUGGAGGCAAUUCGUGUCAUGACUGGGUUACCAUUUCAGCUGUCGCCAAGAAGAAUUACAGUGUCAACGGUUGGUAUUAUUCACGCUAUCAACAAGUUUUAUAAUGAUCUCCCUGGACUGAAUUUAGCAGUUUCACUACAUGCACCUGUUCAAGAAAUUCGUUGUCAGAUAAUGCCUGCAGCUCGGGCGUUUCCCUUAGUAAAGCUUAUGGAUUCACUGCAACAAUAUCAAAAGAAUAGUCAGCAGAAAAUUUUCAUUGAAUACAUAAUGCUUGACGGAGUGAACGAUGAAGAGGAACACGCACACCAGCUUGGAAAAUUGCUAGAUACAUUUCAAGUGGUUAUUAAUUUAAUACCUUUUAACCCAAUUGGUAGUCUGAGCAAAUUCAAAACCACUGCUGAAGAUAAAGUAUCUGUUUUUCAGAAGAUUCUAAGAGGUACAUAUGGUAUCCGAACAACGGUUCGCAAGGAAAUGGGUCAGGAUAUAAGUGGAGCAUGUGGUCAGUUGGUUGUGAACUUACCAAAUAAGAGGUCGAGUGAUAAUGCAGUUCCUCUAACUGAUAUAGAAGAUCUUCAGGUCAGAUAGAUCUCGUCCUCACGGAUAUAUAAUCCCAGCACUGCUCUGCCGACCAUGAUCAUUCCACAGGAAAUUUGUAAUUAAUUCCAUGAAUUUUGUUAGCUGCAGCAACAUCUCUAUUGUAAAAUUAUUUUCCCAUCAAUUUGAAUUCUUCAUUGGGUUUUGUCAUUUCCGCCCUCGAGCUCUGACUUUUGUGGAUUUAGACAUUGUAUAAGUAGCAGAAGCUUAAGUUAGUAAUAGUUUUGAACUUUUGAUUAAUGUCAAACACGGAUACGUUAUGAGCAAAAGAAACAUGUUUUCUCUUU